AUGUCCUGCCUGGGGGCUUUCACCGGUCUCUUCUCCUGCAUGGUCCUCCUCAUUGUCCACUCAAGUGAUGGCUCGGAGAUUAUCAGAGGGAAAGAAGUGAAGCCCAACUCGCUGCCGUACAUGGCUCUGCUUGAGACAACCAAACCAGAGUGUGGAGGGAUACUGAUCGAUAAAUCAUGGGUCCUGACUGCUGCCCACUGUAUGAACAUUAAGACCGUGUUGCUGGGGGUGCACUCCAUCAAGGCAAAUGAAGAGAAUUCCAGGCAGGUCAGAAAGUAUCCGAAGCAUUUUCCACAUCCCUGCUAUGAUAACGAUACAAAGGUCAAUGACCUCAUGUUGCUCAAGCUUGGCAAAUCUGUGAAGGAAACCAAGACGGUGAAGUGUCUUAAGUUGGGUGAUGCCAUCAAAGAACCAGCAGCUGGGACCAGCUGCAUGGUGGCAGGAUGGGGCCAAACAAACAACAGUGUUAAGAAAAUGUCCGACGUCUUGAUGUCCGUCAAUGUGACUGUGGUCGACAGAGUGAAGUGCAACUCUGCUGAAUAUUACAACUGCACACCUGUGAUCACCAGUGGCAUGAUAUGUGCCGGUUCAGACGUGAAAAGGACUGCUGACACUUGUCGGGGGGAUUCAGGAGGCCCACUGGUGUGCAACGGAUGGCUGGUUGGAGUCACUUGUUAUGGACCCAAGGUCUGUGGCAAGACUAAUAAGCCAGGAGUGUACUCGUAUCUCACAGUGAAACAACUCAGCUGGAUCAAAAAGACAAUGAAGAAGUCUGACAUUUAAUGAGCACCCGCUGUGAAGGAUUUUGUAUUUGCAACCAUGUUAAUCAAUUCUAUGUGAGGUGAAACGAAGGAGAUUUCUGCUUCUGCUGCAAUAAAACAGGCCGAGGUGAUUUUAUUUUGAAAUCUAAACUGGAGAGACACGUGUUUAUCAUGACAGCAAAUCGCCAAAGGGAUAUUAUUGAGUCCUUCAACCAGACUGAUGCCAACCAGACAGAUUCACCACUUCCUGUAUCAAGAGCCUACUGUAAAACUGAGGUUUCAGCUCAAGUGUUGUGGAAAAACAGUGUUGCAAUAAAGAUAAAUUCUGGGCCAUGAUGUUUUAUCUAUUUCAGUGAUUCUCAACUGGUGGAUAGCGGGCCAAAAC